AGCCCAGCGCGUUCUCUUCCUUCGAUUUCAAGCCUAACACGGCCCCGCCUGAGACAUAGCCACUCCCUUUCCAGCACAGCCCCCCGGUCGCCUUGAAAGCCUUAUUUGCUCCGGGGGGUCCAAACUAAUCCAUCCUCCACGCAGCUACAGAACGAUAUCUAUCCGAGUCAACACGCGCUGAAAUGGCGGAGCUCAUCCUUGGGGCGGUGGGCGUCGUGCCUCUUAUCGGCAUCGCUUUCAAGUCAUACAGGACCCUACAUUCCGAGCUCAAGACCUUCCGACACUGCUCUAGCAACUUGAAGAGGUUCCUCAAGCUGCUGAGGAUCCAGCGACAACUCUUCGAGAAUGAGUGCCAGCUACUCCUCCGAGACUGUCUGGGCGACGAGUUGGUCGUCCAGGAUAUGGUGGCCGAUCCGGAACACGGGAGUUGGAGCGACCCUAAGCGGGACGAGAGCAUCAAGAAGUUGCUGAAGUCGAAUUACGAAGCCUUUGAGGAGCUCGUCGGGGAUAUAUUGGAAGCUAUUCAGAAGUUGGAGAGCGGAUUGGCCUGUUUCCAGAUUUUGAAGUCCAUGAGACAAAAGGGUGAGAAGAUGAGGGAUACGUGGGAACGCGUCAGGAACGGUAUGGCUCUCACCUUCAACAGGAGGGACUACGAAUCCGACCUAGACAAACUUCGCUCCGCGAACGCCGACCUCAGAUCCCUGCGCGAGCAGGUAAUGCAGCUCCAGACCCCGUGCAAGGUCGUCUCGAUCAAACGUCGCGGAACGUCACAGAGGUGGUCGGACAUCCGAAGAGCAGCGAAGGCAUUCCACGAAGCUCUCAUUGGGGCGUGGUCGUGCGGACAAGCAAGCCAUCUCCGGCAUUUUGUGAAGCUCUUCCUCGAGGCGGAGAAGGCAGAUGAGAAUGUCUAUAUGGACAUUGUGAUCAUGUGCCAUGGCUAUGGACAGGAUCCGGGGGAUGAUAGUUUGAUCCAGCUCCAGGUGAGGUCAGGGUACGUAACCUGGAUGCAGACCCCAAGACCCUUCGUGCCAGCAAGCUCCGGGAACGAACGGCCGAACAAGCGGAUCAAGAGCGUUCGGUUCACCGAGGAGUCUUCGACAACAUAUACCAUCACCUCGACACCAGCUUCGACAGCGAACUGUGCAGUACAGCCCAAAGUCCAGGAUACUUCCUCAGAUCUACGAGCCUCAGGAGACUUCUGCUCAGAGCUAAUAACCCGCUGCGGGCAAAAACACCCACCCGGAACGCGCUGCCUCGGCCAUCUCGACGUCCACUCCUCCGAUACCCUCCGCCACUCCUUCUACCCCUCGCAUACCAUAACCCGGGGCAUCUAUCCCAGCGCCGGUGACGUCCUCGGCAUGGACUCCUUUCUGCAGUCGACAACAAACUUCUCAUACGUCGACCGCCUCAAAUUGGCGAGAGCCCUUGUCCUAGCGGUGCUCAAGUUCUACGACACACCCUGGCUUUCCGACGAGUGGCAGCUCGGCGACUUCUCCCUCUUCCGGGCCCAAGAUGUCUCUAGCGCCCUCCGAACCUUGCACCUAGGCGUGGAAAUCAACCGCAGCGCGAUGGAAGACGUGCAACUAGGUCAACGCUUACCAGAAGAUGAGCUUAUCUACUGCGGCAUAGAGAACAUGGCCCUGCACAGCCUUGGCGUGGCCCUCCUCCAAAUCGAAAGGCAGGAAACCAUCGACCUAAAGGAUGUGCUAGCGGUGAGGAAGGCUGCGAAGGUACCUUCAAGGUUCGGGCCGCGGUACCAGGAAAUUACGCGGAAGUGUUUGCGGUGUGAUUUCGGGUUCGGGGUGGAUUUGGGAAAGGGGGAGUUGCAGAGGGCGGUGUAUGAGCGGUUGGUUGGGGAGUUGGAGACUAUGAUUUCAGCCUUGAGUAUUGACGACGAGGACUGAGAGCACGUAUGAAGCGCUACAAGGCUGGAAAUCUGCACUGUACCUGGGACCACGGAGCCGAUGUAGGUGUUUGGGUGAACUGGCAUUGAGCGUUUAAUAUUCUUCCAUAGCUGAAGAUAGCCUAGGUGUUACCCAUGAACGCCGAGGGACGUUGGCCAGGGCGUCCACCUUCAGGGACACAGGCAUGAGCGAGGCCAUCUCGAUGUCCCCUGUAGCAGCCUGGUAACCGAUGUUAUGUUGUGCCCC